CUCGGCCCGCCGCCGCCGUGGGCGCCGUUCGAGCAGCUGCUGAGCAGCUUCGUUUCGAGGCAGGAGGAUCAUAUGGAGGAGGAGGAGCGGCAGAGGAGGGUCGUGCUGGACCGGCUGCACAUACCAACGGACGGCGAAGACGGCCGGCAACAGCAGCAGCAGUACCAGCAGCUGUAUCAGCAGCAGCCGGCCGAGCAGCAGGCGGCAGCAGUGGAGCAGCAGCAGCAGCAGCAGCAGGCGAGGCCGCCACGGGACUCCCUGUCAAGCGGGGCGCUUUCGUCGCCGCGGCCGGGCGCUUCGAGCGGCGGGGGCGGCGCGGCGGCCGCCAGCAGAUAG